CUUCGCCAGUUUGUCGUACACUUCUUUGAAUCCAUUUGCCCCUUCCUCGUGGUGAUCUCUAUUCAUUGGCCGUUCGUCGCACUCCUAAAAUAGUCAGGGAACGUGGGUGUCACGAUUCGGGGACUCGUGUGACCAGACGGUGAUACUAAUAUGUAUCGCAUAUGGAAAAUUGAAGUGGUGAUACGUCGAGGUCAAGUGGCCUCGUGUGCACCAAAGGAGCUGAUGCAGUGGGUAAUGACCCUGGGGGCACCAGCAUGAUUUUUCUAGAGAGAUUUGUAGUUUCUAUGGCGAUCCGGGGGACAACAUUGCCAUUGUGGGAUUAUAAAUCCAGGGUAGCGAGGACUCAUCUGCAUUUUGUUCCCGUUUUUCCGGAAUGACUGCUUUCCUGAGAGCCGCUGGGCUCAUCCUAAUCGGUUGGCUUUCUUUCGGGUCUGGGAGUCAUCGAGAGGAUGUCGAUAUAGUUUUCAUCGAGAGGAGAAACUCCAGGACUUCUGAGAUUCCUCUCCAUUUUACGGCGUUCAAUCAAAAAUUCGAGCUGAAACUCAGAAGAAACGACAGACUCCUAGCGCCUUACUUCCAAGUGUGGCGUCACGAGGGGUCGAACAAGAUUCAGGAAAUUCCAGGGUUGAGUAAUCCGCCUCCUUGCUACUACCUCCACCAGGACAACAGGAGCAGUGCAGCUCUCAGUCUUUGUAAGGACGUAAUCGAGGGUGUGAUACUACUCAACAAUUUAGCCCUGGAGAUUUCUCCGUUGGAAGAAAUGGGCCAUAAUUAUCGAAACAGGACGUCAACGAGGGAGAGAGUCCCUCACCUGGUGAAGCGAUCACACAUUGCGCCCCCGGAAUACUUGGAAUCUAAUAGAAACAUUGCGGUACUGCCGCUGGACUCGAUACCAAGGUCCAAGCGAGGCUCCUCCCAGGAGUUGACGAUCGAACUAGCGGUGUUCUUUGACGAUCCAGGGUACAAGCUCUUCGCCCCAUUCUUCAACAGCGACGAAGGAAAAAUGAGAGAUAUGCUGCUGGCAUACGUCAACGCCAUCCAGGCCCUCUUCUACCACCCGAGUCUGGGCUCCAGGGUGACUAUAGCUCUCGUUCGCCUUGACCUCAUGAAAAAACAACCUUCCACCCUUCCUCAUCACGAUGGCCAGCGUGAGAGACUUCUAGACUCGUUCUGCAAUUACACCAGUGCUAUCAAUCCUGAAAAUGACGCGCACCCCAAUCACUGGGACAUCGGCCUCUACGUGUCCGGACUGGAUUUCUAUGCCGAAGAAAAAGGACAGAGAAAUGGCGUUACUAUGGGACUUGCUACCGUAUCGGGCACAUGUUAUCAUCAGUAUUCUUGUGUGAUCGCUGAAUUGGGCGCGACUAAUCGUUUGGGGAAGCCGUAUCCGUCGGCGGGAUUCACAUCGGUCUACAUCGCUGCUCAUGAAAUUGGACACAAUUUAGGAAUGCAUCACGAUUCAACGGGUAACCCGUGCCCUCGGGACGGUUACAUAAUGUCCCCAAGUAGAGGAUCCACUGGUGAGACGAUCUGGUCGACGUGUAGCCGUCAGGUGGUGCAGGAGCUUCCGCAGACGAAGCCCUGCCUCAUGGACAAGUCGUCUCUGAGGGCAGAUAAAUUCCUGGAGCACGAACGCUUCAACACACUUCCUGGGCGCGAAUGGACGGCCAAAAGACAGUGCGAAUUACUACUGCGGGAUAAAGACGCAUCAGUAGUUACAUUGGCAAAUGCCUGUCAGUCCCUGCAAUGCAGGAGUCCACACCGCAGUGGUUACUACUAUUCAGGACCAGCCCUCGAGGGGACUUUCUGUACAGAGGGGAUGGAGUGUAGAGGAGGAGAGUGCGUUCCGGCGCUGUAUUUUCCCUCGGAGAAGCCGCGUAAACCGAAGCCAAUGGGUGAAAACAUCUGGAGCAAAUGGAUUGAGGGAAAAUGCACAAGCGGAUGUAUCAGCAAGUCGAAGGGAGCGAGAUCGAAGAAAAGAACUUGCAGGGAGGACUCGCGUGUGUGCGAGGGUCUGGCGUUCGCCGUGGACCUCUGCCAGGACUCGAAACUCUGUACAAAACGCCUGACAGCCGAAGAUUUCGCGACUAUCAAGUGCAGGGAGUUCAGUGAUCGCAUUCAGGAGCUCGAUCCAGGGGCUAGGGGACUUCAGGCACCCCACGAGGUGGACAGGCCAUGGAUGGCCUGCGCCAUCUUCUGCAAACGCAGGGACAUCGCGUCGUACUACACCCCGAGAGUGGAACUCAAUGAUUUGGAGAUCGAUCCCUAUUUUCCCGAUGGCACGUGGUGUCACAGCGAAAAAGGAAGGGAUUACUUCUGUCUUCAACAUCAUUGCUUACCCGAAAAUUUCCGGUUCCAGAAGAACUCGCCGGUCGAUCCCUGGGAUUUCGAUAUCGGUCCGCAAAACGCAAGACCCGGGGGUAAUUUUGUUUCCCAGGAGAUGAGAGAUUAUUUCAGUAUAAAUGACGAUGGGACACCUUUGUUGAAAAUUCUUCCUGAAAGGGAUUUUGGAGGGGAUGAGUGGGUUGAUCAGGAUUAUCGUGAACUUCCGGGGGAGAUGUGAGGAACAAUGAAUUAUUCAAUAAGGGCGGAAAUGGGAUCUGGGAUUUUGCUUCAGAUGAAUAUUCCAGAGUUAGAGGUGUAUUUAUCAGGGUUUUGGGACAAUUCCAUAUUUUUCUUGAAAAUUAGAGACUUUAUUGAAAAUUUUUAAACACUUGGGAAGUGUUUAAUAAAAAUCUGAAUAAAUGCUCCAGUUUUUUUUUUAAUAAAAAUUUUAAUCUACUGUAACAAAACGAACUAGCAAUAAAUGAAACCUUGAAAAAUCACAGCAAUAUCAGAAUUAUUACUGAAACUGUAUGGCUACUCUGCCUACUUUGUCCACU